GUUCUCUAAGUUUAAAGUAUAAUAUUCUAAAGCUAGCCAGUUUUAUUCCUGUCUAUCAACGGAGAACAGUUGUAAAUAUUUUUGUGUAUAUAUAUAGCAAUGACUACAUAUUUAAAUUGGUUACCUUCCUUGAGCAUUGGUGCUUAUUUUGGGUCCGCUGGUGAAAAUAGUAAACCACAAUCCCCUGUUACUCCAAUACAAACAACUCAAAGUGAAAAUAACAAAAUGUUUGGGUUUUGGAAUGAAAUAUUUGGGAAAGCUCCCAAAAUUGAAAAGUAUUCCCCAGAAAAUAUAAGACGUCUAAGUGAUCUUCUUAGAAAGCAGUCCAAAAAUGGGAGCGAUGAUAGUAUAGUUGAUGUAUUAAAGGAAAUGACACAGGUUUUGGUUUGGGGUGAUCAACACAAACCGGUUAUACUUGAAUAUUUUUUUGAAAACAAUAUCCAUGAUAUAAUCUUAACCUUAUUGAAACAAACUAAAAGUCUGCAUAUAACAAAACAAAUAUUGCAAACCAUGAAUAUUUUAUUCGAAAACAUACAUGAUCUUACAUCAUUAUAUUUCUUAUUAUCAAACAAUUAUGUUAAUGAAAUAAUAUGUCAUGAGUUUGAUUUUUCAAAUGAUGAAAUUUUGGCAUAUUAUAUUAUAUUUUUACGAACGUUAUCUCUUAAGUUGGAUUCAAACACAUUAUUUUUCUUUUUUAAUGAGAGACAUGAUGAUUUUCCUCUUUAUUCUGAAGCAAUCAAAUUUUUUAAGUCGGAUGAGAGUAUGAUUCGUGCUUCUGUUCGAACUGUGACAUUAAAUAUAUUUGCCGUUAAUGAUGCGCAAAUGCAAGAAUUUGUUUUGGAUAGGAAUGCAUCACCAUAUUUUUCGAAUUUAGUUAAUUUUAUUUCUGACUUCUCAAGAAUAUUAGACGAAAUAAGUGAUAAACCAGAUUACUAUAAGCGAUAUCAAACAUUUAAUUAUUAUCUUGUCGAGCAUUGUGACAAUUUUUAUUAUAUUAAUGAUAUCAUAAAUCUGGAAAAUGAAAGGAUGAAUCAAGAAUUAACAUCACAUUUAAUGGAUCUUUUAUUAAAACCAAUUUAUGCCGAUAGUUUGGUGAAAAGGGAAUUGCUACCGUACAAACAGACAAUGCGUACAAGUUCAGUUGUAGCGCUUGCACUUUUAUGUCACGUGCUUCACAUAUUUCGUCAUCCACCUUUAGUCACAGCGGUGGUCGCUAUGCUUUUUUCUAAUUCUCCAGAGUUAAUGGAUUAUCCUCAAUCUCCUAGACUCGACAAUUCAUAUGCAAAUCCAUCAACGUUAUUCAAGAAGAGGAAUCUCUAUAGAGAGGCCAUAAUGGGGUUCUUGAUUCCUGAAAUUCCUGAAGAUUCAGACCAUGAUUAUUUCGAUAUGAACACUCUACCAGCUCUUUGUUUAAUAUAUAUGUCAUGUCGAAAUCAUGCGAUUGCACCAGAUAUACUUUUGGCCGCAGAAGUAUAUCCUCAAAAAUUAUUAAGAACACGUCGACUUAUGAACUCGGUAGCAUCUAGUUUUGAGGAUUUGCAAAAUAGCCACCACUUUUCUUCAAGGCAAGGAUAUUCAUUUGAUACAUCAUCAAUAGCAUCAUCAGCAACCUCCUCUUCACAAAGCAAACCAAUAUUUAUGGAUGAUUUCGAUGAUGAAUCUUUACAUUCACCAAUAAGUUCUAGAGCAGAUCAUGGAUCAUUUGCUGAUGAUAUGGACGAAAUUCCAUAUUCAAUUCCUUCUAUAAAAAUAACUGAAGUCCAACCUCAGGUAAAAAGUUAUCGCGCAGUGCUGGUUCAAAAUAUUUUGACGCUUUUAUGCGUGUAUUAUCGUUUAUGUAGACCAAUAACACUUCAGAUGGCCGCAGAAGUAUUACUUGAACUUUUGUAUUAUAAUGGUACAGGUGAAUGUUUAACGUUUGAGCAGACAGAUAUGAUGAAUAAAACUGAAAAAGAAUUACAAGAAAGGGUGAAAACUUAUUUCUUAAACGAUUGUGAAUUUCAAUUAGAAGAAUUUGAAAAAGCAGUCAAUGAAUCAAUGUUUGGAGGGGAUAAAUACGUCGGAGAGAUUAUAAUGAAUGCAAAAUUGUUAUUUCCACCUCCACUAUCAAGUCCACUACCGGCAAUGUCCACUGAUCCCUCAAAGAAAAAUUCAACCCGGCCAGAAAUUUCCAAUGAAAUUAUCAGAGAUAUUAAAACGCUCCAUCUGCUUCGCCAAUCUCGUUUAUUAUUAUCAAGAAAAAUGAUAUUAGAAGAACCACCUUUUGAGGAAGAAGAGUAUAUAGAAGAGGAAGAUGAAUAUAAAGAUGAAUUGGUUUAUCAUAGUGAAUUAGUUGAUGAAAGAUUCAUUUCAGCUCAUCAACAAAUGUAUUCUUCAACCUCGGAAAAUGGGGAUGGCAUAAAGGUUCGUCAAAGGAGGGAUACAAAAGAUUCUACUUCAUCUUGGGUUACGAUAAAUGAAUUUGAUAAAAGAAAGAAAUUGGUAUUGGAUAAACUUGGUAUACAAUUAUAAUUAAUUAACUAUUAAACUUAGAAUUAAAAUUUAAUUGAGAGGA